UUCCUGUAUCAGAGCAGGCUUGGCUAAAUACCAGCGGGUUUUUCUCCUCCUGACCUAGCGAGCUGCUGCGGGAGGAGGAGAAGGAUUGUCAGCCCGCGAUCGGCGCGCGUCUCCCCUUCGGAACGUGGCUUGGCAUCUCCAGGCGGGGAGAGCUGCAUGUGGGCGAGCAAAGCCCGGGGGAGAUCAUGGCAGUGCUCAAACUGACCGACCAGAUAGAAACAAAGACGAACACUAUCCCCUAGAGUUGGACUUGAUUGGACAGGGGAAACCUUUACCUUUUCAUAAAUAUAUCAAGGCAGCCACCGCUGGUCCAAGCAAUUUUCAACGGCGAUCCUGAUGAGAUACGUAUAUUAAUCUACAAAACUGAAGAUGUUAAUGCUUUGGACACAGAGAAGCGCACCCCGCUUCAUGUUGCUGCUUUCUUGGGAGAUGCAGAGAUUAUUGAGCUCCUUAUCUUGUCUGGAAGCCGUACAAGUAUUGAUUAAGCAUUCAGCUGACGUCAAUGCCAGAGACAAGAACUGGCAGACACCCCUACAUGUUGCAGCUGCAAAUAAAGCUGUGAAGUGUGCUGAAGUGAUAAUUCCACUUCUGAGUAGUGUCAAUGUCUCCGACAGAGGAGGUCGAACAGCAUUACACCAUGCAGCUCUGAAUGGCCACGUUGAAAUGGUGAGUUUACUUUUGGCUAAAGGGGCAAAUAUUAAUGCCUUCGACAAAAGGGACCGAAGAGCUUUACAUUGGGCAGCAUACAAGGCACAACAAUUCAGCUAUUUACUAGCAGAAAAAGGCCACUUGGAAGUUGUUUCAUUAUUGAUCAGUCAUGGGGCUGAAGUGACAUGUAAAGAUAAGAAAGGUUACACUCCACUUCAUGCUGCUGCAUCCAGUGGCCAGAUCACUGUAGUGAAACAUUUGCUCAAUCUUGGUGUGGAGAUUGAUGAAAUGAACAUCUAUGGAAAUACUGCCCUUCAUAUUGCUUGUUAUAACGGGCAGGAUUCUGUGGCUAAUGAGCUGAUAGACUACGGAGCUAAUGUCAAUCAGCCUAAUAACAGUGGAUUCACUCCCCUCCAUUUUGCUGCUGCUUCUACUCACGGGGCCCUUUGUCUGGAACUACUUGUGAAUAAUGGAGCAGAUGUAAACAUUCAGAGUAAAGACGGGAAAAGUCCACUGCAUAUGACAGCUGUCCAUGGGAGGUUUACACGGUCACAAACUCUCAUUCAGAAUGGAGGUGAAAUAGACUGUGUUGAUAAGGAUGGCAACACUCCCCUCCAUGUGGCUGCAAGAUAUGGACAUGAACUUUUGAUUAAUACCUUAAUAACCAGUGGAGCUGAUGCUGCCAAAUGUGGCAUCCAUCGUAUGUUUCCUUUACACUUGGCAGCACUUAAUGCACAUGCUGACUGCUGUAGGAAGUUGCUUUCAUCAGGACAAAAGUAUAGCAUAGUGUCCUUGUUUAGUAAUGAGCACGUGCUGUCUGCAGGCUUUGAUAUAGACACCCCAGAUAAAUUUGGAAGGACGUGCCUCCAUGCUGCUGCUGCAGGAGGCAAUGUUGAGUGUGUGAAACUCUUGCAGAGCAGUGGAGCAGAUGUAAAUAAAAAAGACAAAUAUGGAAGAACACCUUUGCACUAUGCAGCUGCAAAUUGUCAUUUUCAAUGUAUUGAGAUGCUGGUAACCGCGGGGGCCAAUAUUAAUGAAACUGAUGACUGGGGACGAACAGCUUUACAUUAUGCUGCAGCCUCAGACAUGGACAGAAAAAAGAAUAUUUUGGGUAACUCCCAUGAAAACUCUGAAGAAAUUGAAAGAUCCAAUGAAAAGAAAGAAAAAGAAGCUGCAUUGUGUCUAGAAUUUCUUCUCCAAAAUGAAGCGAACCCUUCAAUCCAAGAUAGAGAUGGCUAUAAUACAGUGCAUUACGCUGCUGCUUAUGGACACAGGCAGUGUCUAGAACUGCUUCUGGAGAAAACAAAUAACUUUUUUGAGGAAUCGGAUUCAACAUCAGCAAGAAGUCCUUUGCAUUUAGCUGCCUAUAAUGGUCACCAUGAAGCAUUAGAAGUGCUGCUUCAGUCACUAGUAGAUCUGGAUAUUAGAGAUGAAAAAGGACGUACUGCCCUGGACCUUGCUGCAUUUAAAGGACACAUGGAAUGUGUAGAAGCACUCAUCAAUCAGGGUGCUUCUGUCACAGUGAAAGAUAACAUCACACAACGAACCCCACUCCAUGCCUCAGUCAUCAAUGGGCAUACAUCAUGUCUACGACUUUUAUUAGAAGUAACAGAUAAUCCUGACGUAGUGGAUGCCAAAGGACAAACUCCACUAAUGCUAGCUGUGGCUUAUGGGCACAUAGACGCUGUUUCUUUGUUACUUGAAAAAGAGGCAUCCGUGGAUGCAGCUGAUAUCCUGGGAUGUACUGCUUUACAUCGAGGGAUUAUGACCGGGCAUGAGGAAUGCAUUCAAAUGCUGUUGGAACAAGAAGUAUUAAUUCUGUGUAAGGAUGCCAGAGGCAGGACACCUCUACAUUAUGCAGCAGCUCGUGGUCAUGCCACAUGGCUGAGUGAAUUAAUGCAGUUGGCACUUUCGGAAGACUACAAUUUUAAAGAUAAUCAGAAUUAUACACCAUUGCACUGGGCUUCUUAUAACGGAAAUGAAAACUGUAUAGAGGUACUGUUGGAACAUAAAGCUUUUCGCAACUUUCAUGGAAACUCUUUUUCUCCAUUGCACUGUGCGGUAAUAAAUGAUCAUGAAAAUUGUGCUUCACUACUCAUUGGGGCAUUUGGUGGUAGCAUUGUUAAUUGCAAAGAUGAAAAAGGAAGAACUCCACUUCAUGCAGCAGCCUUUGCUGAUCACGUAGAAUGCUUGCAGCUACUUUUAAGUCACAAUGCACAAGUAAAUGCUGCAGAUAAUUCAGGGAAAACUCCACUUACCAUCGCUGCUGAAAAGGGGCAUGUAGGGACUGUAGAUUUUUUGGUGAACAGUGCUAAGGCUGAUUUAACCUUGAUGGAUAAUGACUUGAAUACAUCAUUGCACUUGGCUAGCAGUAAAGGUCAUGAAAAAUGUGCCUUGUUGAUACUUGACAAGAUACAAGAACCGAGCCUUAUUAAUGCAAAAAACAAUGCAUUGCAAACACCUCUUCAUAUUGCUGCACAGAAUGGCUUGAAGACGGUAGUUGAGGAAUUGUUAGCAAAGGGGGCAUGUGUACAGGCAGUAGAUGAAAAUGGUCAUACACCAGCCCUGGCUUGCGCUCCUAACAAAGACGUGGCUGACUGCCUGGCACUCAUUUUGGCUACCAUGAUGCCUUUUUCUCCUUCCAGUACAAUGACGCCGCUCAACUUCGUUUCUUUUAAAAAAGACCAUUUGAGCAGGACUCUUCUCUGCAAUAGCUCCAAUAUGAGCAACACUCUUAACUCAUAUAGUAAAACCUUAAUGAAUGAUGAAGGAGCAGAAAAUGGAUACAAUGACAAUGAUUCUGAUUCUGAAACAUUUUGACUUUUUAACAUUCAGUGCCCCUUUCGUGAUUGCAUUUGCAUUUAAUCUGAAAUUUUCUUUAGAAAUACCUGAAUUUCACCUCACCUUCAUUUAUGAAUAAGAACAGCAAAGACUAAAAUUUGCAAUUAAAUAGAGCCUUUUAGAAAAUGUAAGGAUUUUUUAAAAAAUGCACUCUAGUUAAUGUUUUGCUUCCAGCACUACUGUGCUUUCCAUAAAUUCUAAGGGCUCCUCUGGAAGUCUCUACCUCCUAUUAUAUGCAGAAAAAAAAGCUGCCUUUUUCUGUUUUGACAGCACAAGUAAACAGGGAACUGUUAUGUCUAUAUUAAUAUGUUAGCUAUAUUAAACUGCUGAUAUAAAGUCAUUUUUCAAGUAGGGUGUUUCUGGAUUAUCAGAAGACCUUCCCAUCUCUAGUAUCUCUUGUAUAGAUAUAUAGUCUUCAUUUUUAGUUAUCUUUGUUAUAAAAACCAAAGGUAAAGCCACAAAUUUUGAUUUGGGUUUGAACAAAUACUGCCAACAUCACCUUUUUCUGUGGCAAUUCAGACUUCUAAAUUCAUCACAAUAAUACCCAAUAGGUGUUUUAGAACAAUAGGCAUUUGCUGCUUCCAUUUGCAAUUUAAAAUUAUUAGGAUCAAAUCUUGUUUGCCUCAGUCACAACAUACCCACCUGCAGCUGCAGCAAAGAGAUUAUUGUAAAGGCAGAUGAGAUUUGCCUUAUUUUUGUUACCAUUCAGCACAAGCAUGCAUGGUUUAUUUGCACUCUCCAAGUAGGGAUCCUUGGGAACUUGUCUUACCUGUGCUGUCCAGCAAUUAUUUGUUUUAGGAAAAACCAGUUCUAAAUAUAAUGCCUAACACACCUAAAUGUUUCACCCUGCUCAUUUGAAUUGACUUUUUGUUAUCUUUAUGUGUAAUGUGAUUUUUAUCAUAAGCAUUGUCUGACUUUUUUGGAAAGUAUACAACAAGAUAGAUUACAGCCCUUCAUAUUUACCAUUGCUCUGCUAAGAUGCAAACAGGAGACAAAACCAAAACAUAAAGUGGAAAAGUUAAGUAAUCAUACAGAAGGGAACUGGGUUGUACUAAACAGUCCUGCUGGCAUCAAUUUACUUUUUAAACAUUUGCAUUAUGAAUAUCUACUCCUUCUGCCAAAGCUUCUAGGUCAAACGGACCCUUUUCCUCGCCUGAGAAAGGUGUACAGAAAGAAGAGUGAGACUCUUAAAAUAUAAAGAACUAACCAGCUAUACCAUGAGGACCAAAAGGCUUCAGAAGACUUUAUUAUUUUUUUAAUAAUGCAAGGGGAAAAAAUCAAGUAACUUUUCUAAUCACCAAUGCACAAACAGUGUUUUCUGUAAUUAAGAGUCUUGGGUUAUUUCUAGUAGAUACUUCGACAUUUGUAACCAAUGAUGAUGAUGUGUUGAUCACAGUUUAUUUUUCCAGACUAGUGUUCGUACUUGUAAUGUUAAAUGUGUUUAUAUUUAUUUGAAAUGAAACAAGUGCCCAGAAAAAUUGACCAUGGUUUGUCCUCCUUCUUAAUUCUAUAAUGUGUUAUUAGCUAUGAAUUUAAGCAAAUUUAGUGUGCUGAGUUUGAUGGAACAAAGGCACACAGUUAUCAUUUUCAGCUCUUAUGCAGCCAGCUGGGAAUAGCUUCAUGCACAUUUUGUCAAAUGCAGUGGAGGAGUACAUUGCAUAGUAUUCGUUGGCAGAGCAGAGGGGAACAUAUAAAGGAAAAAAUGUGUGAUUUAGUCUUUAAAAGGGUGGUGGUGAAAAUUUGUCAAAGUUCAAAAGGAGAAUUGUGGAAUCAAGAGGAAAGUGUUCUUCCUCAUUUAUGGAAGCAAAAUAAGAGUUUUUUUAAAACCUGAAACAGAAGUAGUAGACUAUCUGCUGCUUUGUUAUCUAUUCUACACAGAUAUUUGAAAUAAUUUAACAUAACCACUCAUUGUUAUAUAUCGAAGUAUGUUAGAGACAGAAUAUGUAAAUUUAUUCUUGGAUGAUCAGUAAAACGUAACGAAGUUUCUCUUUGCUUCUAUAAACAAGAUUUUCCGGAAGAACUUCCAUCUUGAGACUGCAUCUUCAUCUAAGUCAAAUGUAUUUUCAUUCUGGGCUAUACAUUGCAAAAAGUAGAAACAGACAUCUUGCAUUGUAAUGGAAGUGACAGAACAUUUCCAAUUUGAAACACCUGUUUCUGCACAAUAUUGUUCUGAUUUCACUGAAACUGUUCUGUUGCUGUACUGUACCGGUAUUUGAAGAAGUGUUACGAAUUCAAAAUGCUUUGCACACAUCUAAAAUGUUAUCCUCAUAGGAGACUCUUUAUUCUCAGACAGGUGACAGUGUUCCUCAGAUUUCAGCCAUUUGGUAGUUACACUCACAAAAAUGCCUGAGAUGAAAAAGUACCACUAAAACUGACUGAAACUCUCAGUUGUUCCUUUUUUUAACCCCCAGCCAAUGUAUUGAGAGAAAAAAUUCCCAGCAACAUACAAAAAGAAAAACUAGGAUCAGAAAUAGUCCUAUAAAUCAAUUGAUCUUUCUGCCACAUGACUGGGUUUUUUUGUCCCAAAUACUGAUUAACAUAUUAGAAAUUAAAUUUUCUUUCACAAUAUAAAUAAGCACAAAGUUAUGCACUUCUAUUCUAGGAACAUUUACUACCCCAAGCUCUAGUUGAAUGAUUUAGGGCAGGAGUGUCAAACUCAUGAUGGGUCAUGUGCUGGCCACGCCAACCCAUUUUAGCAAAGAGGGGAAGUCAUGAUACAUCACGUGACAACAACGAGACACUGCAAGUUUGACACCCAUGAUUUAGGGUAAUAAAAUAUUCUCCAGUUGUUCUUCAAUUUGAUCCAUGAUUAUUAACAAAAUUCUCCAUCAUGACACACACUUUCAACCAGGUCUUGGAGAAGUUUUUCAUACUACAAUUUGCAUUCUGUAGCAAUUGAUAAAAUAAAGAGACUAUUUUUCUUAAGAAUGCAAGUGUGUAUAAAUAGUUACAGACCUCUAAAAUACAAAAUGGUAAUUACGAGUUUUUAAGAAAAAGGCAAUAUUUAUGCACACAUUUUGAAAUUGCAAUAUUAGCAUAUAUGUAUUUUUAAAUGAUAUUUGUACAUGACUAGGAACUAUAAUGUAAGAAGCCCUCACUAAUUUUUGCCUUGAUUCCUAUUAAAUAUGGAGGAUGUUAAAUCCUGUUGUGGGUUUUAAGGUGUUUGUUAAACUCUGAGGAUUACUGGAUGUUCCUUAAAAUCCACAAUUAAAGUUUUGCAGUGAAAUUAUGGGUACUUCCCAGCAGAAAUACCUUAAUCAUUUAUAAAAAGUAGUUUUACAUCUUAGUUAAUUUUUGAAAAAGAAAAGGAAAUGAAAGAAGUGAGGAAAAUGUAGAAAGGUCACUUUAUUUUCUUGACUAUUCAGCAAAAAUUUCACUUGGAUAUCUCCCAGUGCUGCACAUGUCGCAGACUUCAUUAAUGAGCCAAUAAUUAGAGUACCUUCAUUUUAUAGAGCAUAGCAGCCCAGUUGUAUGGCACUUCAGGAAGUGAGAGAUUACUGUAUGUUCUAAAUGUGCUUUAAGAGGAAAAGGCUAGUGCUGAGUAAUUUCUGCUUAUUAAAAUCUUUUGGCAUAGAACAGUGUUUCUUAAACUUUUUUUUCUCUCAGGAUCUCUUCCCUCUUUUGAAAAUCAUGGAGGACUCCAAAAUAACUUUUUGCUGAAUAGGUUAUAUUUAUCUAUCUUUACUGUAUUAAGAAUUAAAAUUGACACUCUUGCUUCUCAUGAUUGUUGAUGGGAUUUUAAUACUGUAUUAUUUUUCAAUCUAGAUGGGCAAAUAAUUUUGAUUUUAUAGGCUUGAGGGGACACUUUAAUAAAUUCUGGUGUAGAAGAACUGAGAGGUUUCAUGCCACACUUCCAUCGGAGUAACACUAUAAUUUCACAUUAUGAUUUUUAUUAGGUAGCAGAGCUCAGAUUCCCUAAUUUUCCACUUUUCACAUUAGAGCUUGGGGACAGGCUGUUUUCUUGUUGGUGGGAACUCUCACCUCACAUUUUUCCAUAACUCCUAAGCUGCCAUAGCACUAUCAUAUAAUGUCCUUUUGCCAAGCGUUAGUGUUGUAGAAAUGUGGCUUUGCAGCUCCAGCUAUAAAGGCCUUACAUUCUUGUGCAUGUGUUUUCACUGUCUUUCUUUUUUUCUCUUUUUCCGUUUUUCUAGAAAAGGAAAGUAUGGAAGGAAAUUGAGGGGGUGGGACACAACUUGAAUGUCAUUUUUGGUACUUCCCUAUUGGUCCAUUAGAAAGAAAAUUAAUCAACUCGAAGAGUUUUCAGCAGCUGAGGUCAGGACUAUAACAGGUUAAUUCCAAAAUAAUUCUGAGUUUAUAGAAUGGCAAUAGUAGUUGCAUGGAGAUGCUCUCAUAGUUGUGAGUCAUCUGGAGCCUACUUUUCAUCUGUUAACAAUAGUUUGCUGUUUUGGUGGUUUUUUCCCCCAAAAAAGAAGCAUUGCAUUUGGUUAUAAUGGUAUAGCUAUGAAGGAAGACAUGAAAUAAACAGAAUGACCAAAAAAAUGGAUCACCAAACAAUCAGGGAAAUCAAUCUACACUUACAAAACUAUGUUUUCUUUCUUAGUACUGUAAUGUUUUAUAACUGAAGUGAAUUCUCUAGAACAGUACAAAAUAUUAUGAAACAUCACUUGAAACAAAACACCAAUCUUUUCAUGUAGAAUUGAGUAAAAACGUCUCAUUUUCUUCUUCCUCCUUCUUGGCUGAUCAUAUCAAGCUAGUCACCAUGAAAUACACACACAUACACACACACACGUAUGAACGUAUGUGAUGAACGUAUCUUUUCUUUUAUGUACACUGAGAGCAUAUGCACCAAGACAAAUUCCUUGUGUGUCCAAUCACACUUGGCCAAUAAAUUCUAUUCUAUUCUAUUCUAUUCUAUUCUAUUCACACACACACACCACUGCUUCCUCCACAAAACAUCAGAAGGGUAGAGCGAGAGCAAAUCUGGGGAACAGAGGACAGUCCACCAUGCAGAGAAAUCUUCUAUAGCAUUGGAGUCAUUCACAAUACAAUAAUCUUCUAACCCAAAUGAUUUGAUAGUGACUUCUAUAAAUACAUUUUUCAACACUUUAUGCUAAAAUCCUCUGCACAGCUAUGUAGAAAUAUAAUAGAAUAUAGUUCUGAGUUCAGACUACAUUAUGUGUUUCUGUCUUAUCAACAAUCCCAGCCUGCUGUCUUGAAAAGACAAUAAGGCUAAAAUCCCUGGCUAUACAAUCUUUUGAAGUUAAAAGAAUUUGUUUCUGAAUAGACCUAUAUUCAUUUAUAGUGCCAUCUUCUCCAAAUAUAUGCUUACCUAUCUCUUUUAUAUGUAUUAUUUUCAUAUAAAAGAGUAAUAAAACCAUCUUAAUUAAAAUGGGAAAUUUGCAGUUAGUGUCACUGGACUAUGGAUUCCAUUCUAAUUGCUUUCUUAUCUAAAUGGCAAUACGGUUUAGUAGCAGAUAAGGUACUGUAUUUUAACUAUAGUAAUAAAUGUCAGUUAUGACCUGUUUUGAUUUGUUUGAUUAGCUUUUUGUCAAAAGAUAAGCACUCUAU